GAAGUAAUCGGAGCGAACAAAAUGAGUGAAAUUCGAAAACGUUUGUUGCGCCCGUUGGUAUAUGGACCAGCUCUAUCCGCCGUGGGAAUUUACCUGCUCAGGCGCCAUAUGCAGGGAGGACAGUUUACCAAGAAAACGAAUGAGACAGGACGUGUGGCAAUUGUGACCGGAUGUAAUACGGGUAUCGGGAAGGAGACUGUACUGGAGUUGGCUCGCCGAGGAGCAACCAUAUAUAUGGCAUGUCGCGAUAUGCAAAAGUGCGAGCAGGCCCGCAAGGACAUAAUUGUAGCCACUAAAAACCCGAAUGUGUUUGCACGCGAAUUGGAUCUAUCUUCCAUGGAAUCCAUUAGGAAAUUCGCAGCCGGGUUCAAAAAAGAGCAAAAGAAACUGCACAUACUUAUUAACAAUGCCGGCAUUAUGGACUGUCCCAAGAUGCUCACACAGGAUGGCUUUGAAAUGCAAAUUGGAGUAAAUCACAUGGGCCACUUCCUGCUCACACUCCUGCUCCUGGAUGUGCUCAAGAGUUCUGCGCCCAGUCGAAUUGUGGUCCUGUCCAGUAUUGCCCACCGUUUUGGAACAAUCAACCAAGAUGAUCUCAACAGCGUAGAGUCCUAUGACCGAAAAAAGGCCUAUUGCCAGAGCAAGUUGGCCAACAUUAUGUUUACCCGGGAGCUGUCCAAUCGUCUGCGUGGAACCCGAGUCACGGUAAACGCUUUGCAUCCAGGUGUCGUCAACACCGAGCUCUUUCGAAACACGUUCUUCUUGCGAACCAAACUUGGAAAAUUACUCAUUGCACCGAUCAUUUGGAUUUUUGUAAAGACUAUACGAAGUGGAGCUCAGACAUCUCUAUAUGUAGCUCUGGAUCCUAUUCUCAAAGAGGUCUCCGGACAAUACUUUAGCGACUGCAGACCCAAAAAAGUGGGGGCCGCUGCCCUGGACGAUAAUGCUGCCAAAUUUCUUUGGACAGAGAGCGAAAAGUGGACGGGUGUGCACCUUUAA